CAUGAAGCAAACGAGCUUAUGCUACCACACGUUCUUGCUAUGAUAUAAUUUGCUGCCACAAACCCAAAGCAGUGGGGUCAGUUAAUCGUGGACUAAAACCUCCAAAACUCAUAAGUAACCUUGACAAGAAUAACUAGCUGCAAAUAAAUUACAGAUACAGACACUAAAAUUUACUAAUGUAAAAAUAUUCCUCAGUUUUGGAAAAUUGAUUUUAAAAAUGGAAACAUUCAAAACAGUGGCAAAAGAGCUGAACAACAUCCAAGUUAGUGGUUGUCUACUUGCAACAGCAUUUUGACAGUGUUAUCGCACAUUCUCUGAACAAUAAGAAGGCAGUUGGCAAAAGAAAGAGCAAACAGUCUGGAUUCAAAAGAUUUGAGUUCACAUCUUCUUAUUGCCUUUUACUAGCACUGAGGCCUCAGGCUGACCCGAAAGUUGGGAGAUGGAGAGUAAAUAUAGAGAAAUGCUGUUACUAACCGGCCUGGAUAACAUCACUGAUGAGGAACUGGAUAGGUUUAAGUUCUUUCUUCCAGAUGAAUUCAAGAUUGCCAAGAGCAAACUACAGACCGCAAAUAGGACAGAGUUAGCCGACUUGCUGAUUCAAAGUGCUGGUGUGGUGUCUGCAGUGGUGAAGACCAUACGUGUCUUCCAGAAGCUGAAUUAUAUGCAAGUGGCAAAAAGUCUUCAGGAAGAGAAGGCAAAAGUUGAUGAGAAGUACAAGGGAAAUAAAAAGACAAAGGAAGCAAGCCUCACAAAGAGGAAAAGUCAAACUGAAAUGAGUCCUGUGGUCUCUGCAGUCAGCAGAAAGGAUGCCAUCCAGCCCGGUGUGCCACCAGCAGCCUCUCCUCAUGUGAAGCCUAAGCAGAAGCAGGUGGUGGCCCAGCCAGAAUCUGUCAGAAAAGAAGAGUUGCAGAAAAGCCACAUAACAGUCAUGGUGCUGAAAGCAACGAAGCCCUUUGAGUUUGAUACCCAGGAUGGAAGAAAGGAAGAGAUGUUUCAUGCUACUGUGGCCACAGAGAAGGAAUUUUUUUUUGUAAAAGUUUUUAAUAUGCAGCUAAAAGAUAAAUUCACCCCAAAGAGAAUAAUUAACAUAUCAAAAUAUUAUUGGUGUGGUGGUUUUCUGGAGGUGAAUAGUGCCUCACUUGUAUUUGAUGCUGAAUCUGACCAAGAGAUCAAUGUACCAAAGCAUAUUAUCAGGAAAGCUGGUGAAACACCAAAGAUAAAUAAGCUUCAGACUCAACCUCUUGGAACAAUAGUGAAUGGGGUGUUUGUAAUUCAGAAGAAAACAGAAAAAAAGGAUCAUGUACUAUUUGACAUCAGUGACAAAACAGGGAACAUGGAAGUAUUGGUGCUCACAAAACAGAACCAAAUAAAUUGCGAGGAAGGAGAUAAGCUUAAACUUACAUUCUUUGAGCUGUCAAAAAGUGGAAAAAAGUUACAGCUGAAAUUUGGAGUUCAUAGCUUCUUUACGGUUAUUAAGGCCAAAAAAUAAAAAUAAAUGAAAGGAUCAAUUGAACUCAGUUUGUCUAAGCAACAUUGAAUUGAAGAAUCCCUGAUACACAUUUUGACCUGCUUGUGAUUGUGAGCUACCUGGGAACGCCAGUUCACAGGUUCCUUCCUACAUCAAAUUAGUCAGGAUGUGAUGAUCGCUGGAUAAAUAACUCCAAAAUAUCAACAUGUCAUCAUAAUAAAAGAUUUUCUCAUUAGUUAGAGUCCUGGUUUGGUUUGGGGAAGGGAUAGGAUUCUGCUAUGUAUAUAUAUUCAAGGACAUUGCUAUUCAAUAAAUAUCUGUUGAAUGAAUAAAAUUAUUAAUAAGAAUUUUUA